UCAUUUUUCUCUCUCUUCGAAGAACUCUGUUAAAAAAUUACCGAAAAAUGUUCAUUGGUUUUGUGUUUGCUCAUCUGGGUCUCAUCCAAAAACCCCAAAAAAUGGGUAUCUAUUGACCCUGUGUAGACGUUGAUACGUAGAGAGAAUUAGGGUUUCAGGGCCGGUAUUGUUACCCAGAAGAGCUUUGUAUCUCUGUUUGUGGGUUUUGAUACAGUUUUUGAAUCUAUGGAGGCUUAUAAGAGAUGGGUUAGGACGAACAAAGACUAUGUCCAUUCAUUGGAGUCUCUUGCUAAUGGGCUGACAUGGCUUCUUCCGGAACGGUUUUCUGAAUCAGAAAUAGGACCAGAAGCAGGUUUUGUGAAACUUUGUAACUGCUGUUUUGGGCAUGUUCACUGCUGUCAACGAACAUAUAAUCCAUACAACUCCAACCCAGAUACAUACUGCAGAGCCAUCUUCCUUCCCCUACUCCUUGUGCAUAACUUUGCUAAAAGAUUUGGAAACAUUGGUUGAAGUUGCGGCACAGCAUUUCCUUGGUGAUGAUAAAAAAUGGAAUUUUAUUGCUGCUACAGAGGCUACCAAGGUGUGUGUUAGGCUAGCUUUGUUCCGGAACAGUGGAUUCAAGAUGCUUCUGCAUGGAGGGGAGAUACCAAAUGUUGAAAAGGAUUCAGAGGCUUCAAAUCCUCAAAACAGAUUUGGACAUUUGGCAAAGCUUGGACGGUCUCAUGGGCCUGGUAAUGGAAAGAAUUAUCAUGAGAACAAUCCAUGGAAUCUUGAAGGAAGGGCAUUGUCUGCCUUAAACAGGUUUGGAGAAAAUGCUAGGAUGGUUUCAGACCCAACAUGGUUGCACAGGGUUCGACACCAGCAUGCAAUCAUGGAGCCUCCACCCACUACAGCUUCGGUGGUUGAGAGACCCACCCUUUCUGCUUUCUUGUCCGAGAAAGGUCUUCGUGGGGCCUUAUUUAUGAUGGGGGAGGUGAUGUUCAUAACAAGACCACUUAUAUAUGUUUUACUGAUAAGGAAGUAUGGAGUUCGGUCAUGGUUUCCUUGGUGUAUUUCACUGGCUGUGGACCUCGCUGGAAUGGGCAUUCUUUCAAAUGUUACAACGUCAUCACAAAGUAGUAAAGGCCAACAGUUUCAUCUCUCUGACCUGGAAAGGGAUGAGUUAAGAAGACGGAAGCUAUUGUGGGCAUUUUACCUCAUGAGAGACCCGUUUUUCAACAAGUAUACACGGCAAAAACUUGAAAGCACGGAGAGACUAUUAGAACCUAUUCCUAUUGUCGGGAUUCUUACUGCAAAAAUUAUGGAACUUAUCACUGGAGCUCAAACACGAUACACUUACACAUCCGGUUCAUGAUAAUGAAGAUUUUUGUGAUGCAUCUUUAUUUUGGUGAAUUAUUUCCCAGUGGUAGGAAAGUUUUCUUGGUAUUUGUAAUGUGAGCUUAAAAUGCAAUUGGCAAUGGCUGUAUCAAUUUUUUUUGGUAUCUAUGUUUCAAUUAAAGUGCACUCAAAAGUGUAGUUUUGCAAUCACAUGUAUAUUUCCUUCUUAAUAUAAGACUCCGGAAAGUUUGUUAUUGCACAUGCAUAAAAAUGCAUAUCCAUUGUAAUUUAGAUUCUCUA